GAUAAAGGCUGUUGAGGUGGGAAAAACAACUCAGGAAAGGAUUUGCCUUGGUUUGUUCCCUUUGAGAAGAGAAGACCCUGGCAACACCGAUGAUCUAAGAAAUACCAACACUCAUACUCAGUUCAUUUUGUGAUCCUGCCUUUCUGCCCAGCUGGAUCUCGGUGACACUCUCCAUUCUUUUGCCUUCAAGAACAUUUUUCUUUGUAUGUGGAGCUGAGACCUGGGAAUGCGUUAUUAUGGCAGCAGUUGUACAGCAGAAUGAGCUUGUGUUUGAAUUUGCCAGCAACGUCAUGGAGGAUGAGCAGCAGCUUGGUGAUCCAUCCAUUUUCCCUGCUGUCAUCGUGGAGCAUGUUCCUAGCGCAGACCUCCUGCAUAACUACUCUGGCUUAACCUGCGUGGAUGAAACUAGUGACAUGAUCACUGAGAAUUCUCUGGAUGUCGCAGAAGAGCAGAUCAUAGAAGAUGAUGAUAUCACCCUCACAGUUGAAACAUCUUGUCAUAAUGGAGAUGAAACAAUGGAAACAAUCGAGGCUGCGGAAGCACUUCUCAAUAUGGACUCCCCUGGCCCUAUGUUGGAUGAAAAAAGAAUAACAACGAUGUUUGGUCCAACUGAAGAGGAUGAUAUGGUGGCUCCUAUUACACACGUGUCAGUCACGCUUGAUGGGAUCCCUGAGGUGGUGGAAGUUCACCAAACUCCAGACCCUUAUCCGGAAUCACCAGAGACUCCAGAAUUUGAACAACCAAAGAAGAAAAAAGGGAAGAAGCCGAAACCAUCUCGUCCUGAGUCCCCUACUACAACUCCAAACAUAUCUGUGAAAAGGAAAAACAAAGAUGGAAAGGGAAAUACAAUUUAUCUCUGGGAGUUCUUACUAGCACUGCUCCAGGACAAAGCUACGUGUCCUAAAUAUAUCAAAUGGACUCAAAGAGAGAAGGGCAUUUUCAAGCUGGUAGAUUCCAAAGCUGUGUCCAGGUUGUGGGGAAAACACAAAAACAAACCUGACAUGAAUUAUGAAACAAUGGGUAGAGCUCUCAGAUACUAUUACCAAAGAGGAAUCCUGGCUAAAGUUGAAGGUCAGCGCCUAGUAUAUCAAUUUAAGGAAAUGCCAAAAGAUCUUGUCUAUAUUGAUGAUGAAGAUGCAAGCCCUAGCACUGAAUCAUCAGAUUCAACUCUGCUCUCAACUUCUGUGGCCAAUAGAAACCAAUCAACCAGAUCUAGAGCUUCAGCAAACGCAGGAACAAAGGGAGGAUCAACCCCAGUGCUAAAAACAGGAAACUCAAAGCCUACUAAGCUGAGGGAGCACGUAGAAGUUGUACAGCAGCAGACACCUGGCUUGACUUCAGAAGUUUUGAGGACAAUGCAAUCUCCACAGCCAGUACAACCCACUCAGCUCUUUCGGACAGUUCACGUAAUGCAGCCGCUGCAGCCCCUCACAGAAGGACAUGCGGCUGUAACCAGUAACGUGCCGGAUGAGUCCUUAAAUCCCUCGGCUCAGAAUAUAAGGUAA